UGACAAGAGAGAGACAAUAUAUAAGUCAGAACAUGGGCCAACAGGAACUGCCAAACAAGCAAGUGGGAUUUAAACAAUAGGAAAUAUGCAUCAGCUUGGAAAAUGAAAUGAAAGCUCCAACAAUGAAAAUCAGCAACUCUCCGGUGAUCAUUUAGCUUCUGUUUUCAAGUUAAGAUUAGGGAGGAGCUGUUUUUUAAGCUAAAGAAGAUCAUGGCAGUGGUGUUGGCCUUUCUCCAAGGACUGUGCCAGAGGUUACAGUCCACCAUUGCAGCAAGUGAUCAGCUUCCACUCGGCGUUGACAACCAGCUGGAGAGACUUCUCAAAGCCUUUCGAGCAAUUCAAGUAACUACAGUCGAAUCUGCGGAGAACAAGCAGAGCAAGAGCAAGGCUGUGCGAACCUGGCUCCGUGAGCUUAAAGCAGCUGCAUAUGACGCUGAUGACUUACUAGACUGCUUGGUUUUGAAAGCUCAAGAACCUGAAGUCGAAGCCAGUGGCAGGGAGGUGGUAGACCAGCGCUGCUGUCUUAUCUUUAACUGUGGCCAAGAACACCCUGCCACACAAACAGAACUCAUCAUGAUCCAAGACGUCAGGAGGAGAGUACAAAAGUUAAUGAGAAAGAAGCCUUCUUCUCUUGAUCUUUGUGGACAACCAUCAAGCUACAGCAUGAAUCAUGAAUUUGAAGCAAUAGAAGCCACAGCUGCGAAUUCAGGAGAGUUUGGGAGAGGUGAAGAUAAAGAGAAGUUGGUCAAGUUGUUGAAAUCUGAUGAAUCUUCUCAGGUGUAUCUUUCUCUCAUUGCCAUUGUUGGCAGGGAGGGUGUUGGGAAAACAACUCUUGCACGCACUGUCUAUAAUGACAAGGAAGUGGCAAGCUAUUUCAACCUUAAGGUGUGGAUCACAGCAUCCGAAAUCCAUGACAGUGCUAGCCUAUCAACAUCCAUUUUGACUUCAGCUGGAAGUGGAGCACAAGAAAUUUUUGAUAAUCGAUUAGCUAAGGGGCGAUUUCUGCUCAUCUUGGAUGAUGUGAGGAAUGAAAAAAUUGAAUGGGAAGCGGUGUACGAGAAGUUGCAGCUUGCACAAAAUGGCAGCAAGAUCUUGAUCACCACUGAGAAUGAACAAUUUGUUAAUAAGAUGCGACUGCCAUCAACUAGCUACCAUUUGAAGGUCCUUUCCCAUGGAGACUGCUGGUCUCUGUUCAGACAAUGUUCAAAUCUCGGAGCUGCUGCAUCUGAUUUAAGUACCACACAGCUGGAAGAAGUUGGCAUGAAGAUUGCAGCAGAGUUGGAGGGGCUUCCACUAGCUGCACAGUUACUUGGAUCUCUCUUAUGUUCUAAUGCCAACCUAAAUGACUGGAAGAUGAUCUUAAAUGCUGAAGUCUUGAAGUCUAAACCUGAAGAAUUAUGUGGCAUUCCUGCUGCUCUGUGGCUGACCUAUCAGCACCCUGCCACCACAGAUCAAGCAAUGUUUUUCAUACUGUUCAGUUUUUCCCUCGAGAUCACAAGUUCAACAAGGAUAACUUAA